CUGAGCCGAACCCUCAGUCACCUGCGGCUCGUGGGUAAUAAACUGCUUCGCAAAUCAAAAACGCGGAUUUCCCUCACCGGGAUAAUCGUACUUCGAUGUUCAUUUCAAUCUCUUUGCCGAGUCUAGUUUUGCUUUCUUUUGCACGUGUAACUGAUCUAGUUAAACUGCAAGAGAUCUUUGCGCGGUUAAUCCCGUUUUAACCAGGAGGAGGAAACCACACAUCGUCAGUAGGCUAUCGACUUCAGGAAGUCAAUCAAAACGUCCGUCUUCAGCUCCGGGCAGUGUUCUCCCGAUUUAAAAACGUCGGUACUCAAUGAGCGACUCCGAGAAUACCAACGGGGAAUCAAAACUGGAGGCGGUGAUACAGAAGUUGGAGGAGAGCGUGCUGUCUGAGGAGAAGCGACUGACAGUCAGAGACCCCACCCACGACGGCCCUCCAACCUGUCUACCUGCGCGAAUCAGAGAGAUCGUCACUAAGAACCUCAGCGACAACACCGCAGGCACCAUGUCCUCAGUCCUGUCACUCCAGGAGGAGAACAGGGUGCUGCAGGGGGAGCUGGGAAGGCUGGAGGACCUGCUGGCCCACAGUCGAGCGGACCGAGACGAGCUGGCCAUCAAGUACAGCGCCAUCAGUGAGAGGCUGGAGCAGGCCCUGCGCUUGGAGACGGGGGAGAUGGAGCGCGAUUCGCCGGAGUCGCGCAGCCUGGCGCAGCAGAACGUGGAUCUGCGCAGACGUCUGGACGAGGAGCAGGCAGCCUACAAGCGCAAGCUCACGGCCUACCAGGAGGGGCAGCAGAGGCAGGCCCAGCUGGUCCAGAAGCUGCAGGCUAAGGUGUUGCAGUAUAAGAAGAAAUGUGGUGAGCUGGAGCAGAGUCUGAUGGAGAAGUCCUCCGAGCUGGAGCAACACAGACUGAGUGGACGAUGUGACCUGUCCAGCGGUAGCCUCCGACGAGAAGACGAGGAACCAAGCAGCGAUCUGGAGAACGCUCUCAUCCGAUUGGAGGAGGAGCAGCAGAGGAGUAGCAGCCUGUCCGCCGUGAACGCGAUGCUGAGGGAGCAGCUGGAGCAGGCGGGGCUGGCCAACGAGGCGCUCAGCCAGGACAUACGCAGGCUCACUGCGGAUUGGACCAAAGCCAGGGAGGAGCUGGAGCAGAGGGAAUCUGACUGGAGGAGAGAGGAGGAGUCAUUCCACAGUUACUUCAGCAGUGAGCACAGCCGGCUGCUGACUCUGUGGCGGCAGGUGGUCGGGUUCCGCAGGCACGUCUGCGAGCUGAAGAGCGCCACCGAGAGGGACCUCUCCGAGAUGCGCAACGAGCUGGCCCGGGUGUCUGUCUCUGCGCAGUCGUCCUGCGCAGGCGUGGCUGCGAGCAUGCGCAGCCGGGAGGGGGGUGCGGCCCUGGCGCUGGAGCGGGAGACUGCGCAGCGCGCGCAGCUGGAGCAGCAGCUGCGGGACCGGGUCGGCGACAUGAUGACCCUGCAGGCCAAGUACGACGCUGAGAGGGCAGAGCUCAACGCCAGGCUGACGGAGUCCGUGCGGGAGGUGGAGAGACUGAAGGCCCAGAGCGAGGAGAAGGAGAGAAUCGCCACCUCCCUGACCCAGAAGCUGGAGGAGCAGACUGGUGAUGGUGAGACAGAGCUGCAGGCUCUCAGAGCCCGCAGUGAAGCCUUGCUAAACACCCUGCGUGACAUUGCCCAGUCCGUGCUUUCGGAUGGUGACUCGGGCGUCGCGGCCACCUCCUCUUCCUCGGAGGGCGAGCAGGAGGGCAUCGGGGCGUCUCUGCUGCCCCUGCUCCGGGUGACCUCCCCACACCGCGCCACCUCGUCACGGCGCUCCUCCUCCCCGCUCCGCCCCCUGGCCCCGCCCCUCCCGGACUCCAGCCUUUCCGCCCUGCGGGCCGCGGUCACCAGCAGGCAGCUGCAGCUGCAGGAAAUGCGCGGGCGCCUGAUGUCUGCGCAGUCCACAGUGCAGCAGCUGCGCAGGCAGCUGGGAGAGACGGAGUCGGGCCGGCGGGAGGCGGAGCUGCGCAGUCAGGAGCUGCAGGGCGAGAAGGACGACGCCCAGAGAGAGCGGGAGGCAGCCGUGAGGGAGAGGGACCGUCUGCGGCAGGACAGGGACGCUCUGGCCAGUGAGAAGAUCGGCCUGGAGACGGCGCUGCAGGCUGCGCAGUCGCGUGCGCAGAUGCUGCAGCUGGACUGCGAGAAGCUGCAGCUGGCUGCGUCGGCUGCGCAGAGGGACCGAGACCGUGAGAGGGAGGAGAAGGAGGCGGCCCUGCAGGAGCGGGACCGGGCCAAGGCCGAGACGGAGCGAGUUCAGCAGCAGUGGGAGCAGAGCGAGAGCCGGGCCUCCACUCAGCGCAGCGAGCUCUCCGCUGUGAGGGAGACCCACCAGCAGGAGGCAGUGGAGAGGCAGGUGCUGGAGGGAGAGAAGGCGCAGCUGGCCGACGCGCUGGCCAGGGCGGAGUCCAGCAACGCGGAGCUCACCCUCCUGUUGAACAAGCUGCGCUCGGAGGAGGCGGGCCUGAGGGACUCCCUGGCCAAGAUGGGCAGUCUGAACGAGGGCCUGGCCCAGGACAAGUCAGACCUCAACAACCUCAUCAUCCAGCUCGAGGAGGAGAAGAACCUGCUCCUGACCCAGAAGCGGGAGGCGGAGCAGGAGAAGCUGACCAUCAGGGAUGAGCUGGUGCGAUUGGAGCAGGAGAGGCUGGAGCUGGACUCCACCCGCCUGACCCUCCUCCAAUCGCUUCAGGAGGCGGAGCUGGGGAGGGUGGGCCUGGAGGCGGAGCUUCAGAAUCUCACGGCAGACAGAGCAAAGCUGCAGGACAAAGUCACGCAGUUGUGUGGGGAGGUGAGCGCUCUGGGGGCGGAGUUGGGCAUGGUCCGGGGGGAGGGGCAGCGACAGGGCGUGGCCCUGGAGGAGGCAGGGCGGAGCCGGGCUGAGCUGGCCCGGGAGAGGGCGGGGCUUAUUGUGCAGCUGACUGCUUCUGAGAAGGAGAACGCCACCCUCACUGAGGAGCUAGCUGCCUUCAGGUCAGAGAGGGAGGCGCUGGAGACCAGCUUGUUUGAGGUGCAGCAGCAGCUGGUGCAGCUGGAGUCCCGCAGAGAGCAGCUGGAGUCUGAGAUCCAGGCCCUGCGCCUCAGCCGGGAGACCAUGACUGCGGAGAUGAAGCGGGCGCGACUGGAUGCGGAGUCAGCCCUAGCACAGAGCGAGAGGGAGCGGGAGGCUCUGACCCAGGCCCUGACUCAAGCCCAGCAAGAAGCACAGCAGGCCCUCCGCAAUACCAUCGCCGACCACCAGGAGGAGGCAGAGAGGCUAGCUGCCGAGAAGGAGGCCCUGCGCAGGAGCCUGGAGGCGGAGCUGGAGGAGGGGCUGCGCCGCCUCAGGCUGGAUGCGGAGGAGGCCCGUCUCAAGAUGGAGAGGGAGAGGGAGGAGUUGAGGGAGGAGCUGAGCGCCCUGCAGCGAGACAGAGACCAGAGCCUGCUGCAGGCCGAGAGCGACAAACAGCAGGCCCUGUCGCUGAAGGAGACAGAGAAGGCGGUGCUUGCAGAGAAGGUCUCCACCCUGCAGGCGGAGCUCAGCGCCUCCGCCCUGGAGCUGGACCGGCUGCGCAGGGAGGCCGUGCACUGCAAGGAGCAGGAGAGGGCCACAGUAGGCUCUCUGAACGGGGAGCUGCAGGAUCUGCGGUCUCAGCUGGAGGAGGCGGCGAGCGCUCACAGCCGGGAGCUGCGCAGGCUGCAGGAGAGCUGCGCAGACCUGCAGGGGCACGCAGACACCGCCCUCAAAGAGCUGGAGGAGUGUAGGGCCGCUCUCUCAGCCAGCGAGGAGAGCCGAGACUCUGUGAGGCGGGACCUGGUGGAGCUGGAGAGGCGUCUGUGCCAAUCGCGAGAUGCCGGGGAGGGGCUUCGGCGGGAAGGGGUGGAGCUCCGGAGGGCGCUGGGCGACGUCACCAAGGAAAAAGACACCCUCAGCCAAUCAAACGCCCAGCUGAGGGAGACACUGAGAGCGGCAGAGAGUGAGAGAAUCAGUGCAAAGCGCCAGUGUGAGGAGAAGGAGCAGAAGCUGGCGGUGCUGGAGGAGAGCCUGGCGUCUGCGCAGAGGGAGGUGGCGGAGCUGCGCAGCUGCCUGCGGGAGGUGGAGAGGUCACGGCUGGAGGCUCGCAGGGAGCUGCAGGAGCUGCGCAGACAGGUGAAGGUGCUGGACGGCGAGAAGGAGCAGAAGGGGAGGGAGGUGGCCGAGCUGCAGGCCCGCAUCUCCCUGGAGGAGCAGCGGGAGGAGGAGAGGGCCAGGGAGGUGUUUGCGCUCAAGCAGAGGCUGGCCGAGGCGGAGGCGGCGAAGAGCAGCGCCAAGAAAGAGCUGUCGUCCCUGCAGCGGCGGCUGUCGGAGUCGGAGUCGGGCUGGCGCGGCUGUGAGCGGGACCUGGCGGCGCAGCUGCAGGAGGCGCGCGGCUGCGAGAAGAAGCUGCAGGACGAGGCGCGCAACCUGGCGCUGCGGGCGCAGGCGGCGCAGGAGGCGGCGGCGCAGGCCGGGCUGCAGCUGAGCGAGGCGCAGGGCCGGCUGGCCGCCACCGAGGCCGAGCUCGCGCGGGCUGAGGCGCAGCGGCGCGAGCUGGAGUUCCGGCUCGGCAGCCUGCAGUCGGCGCUCACGCGCACCCUGGGCAUCGGCGCCGGCGGGAGGGGCGGCGGGGGCAGGGGCCGGAGCCCCGCGGGGACCUCCCCGGGCCCCGCACCCCUCUCCCGGCCACGCAGCAUGUCCCCCAUGCGCCGCUCCAUCUCCCCCGCGAAGGGUGAGCCCCGAAACCAGGGGAGCAGCGGGACCCUGGAGAAGGGCGCAGGUUCGCGGCCCAUCUCCCCCGACAGGGGCGACACGCCCCUCCCCCUCCCCCUGCCGGAGCUGGACCCGGAGACCCUGCGCUGUGGCCUCAGGGACUUCCUGCAGGAGCUGAGAGACACGCAGAGGGACAGGGACGAGGCGCGGGGCCAGCUGGGGGCGGUGCAGAGGGAGCUGGAGGAGGUCCGCGGGGAGAGGGACUCCGCCCACAGCCGCCUCGCCCAGCUCAGCAGUGCUCUGACGGACUGCCAGGAGGGGAAGCGCGGGGUGGACGGGCGUCUGAGCGCGGUGCAGGCCAUGCUGCAGCAGCAGGAGGAGGCCGCCCGGCGGGGGGAGAGGGAGAGGAGGGCGCUCGCCGACCGGGCCAAGGAGCUGGAGAGGGCCGCGCAGAGCGCCGAGGCCGAGAGGCGGCACGCACAGGAGCAGCUCAGUAAGAUGAAGGCCGGGGAGGCGCGGCUGGAGGCGGAGCGCAGGAGGCUGCGGGAGGCCCUGGAGGCGGCGGAGGCCAGGGGUACCCGGCUGGAGCUGGCGCGGCGCAGCCAGGAGGGGGAGCUGCAGAGGCUGAAGCUGAGCCUGGGCGACCGGGAGGCCGAGAGCCAGGCCUCCCAGGAGCGCGUCGAAGCCCUGCUCAAACAGGUGUCCGAGGGGGAGGGGCGGGUGGCCGCCCUCCAGAGGGAGGUGGACAGGCUCAGCCAGGCUCUCGCCAGGGCGCAGGAGGGAGAGGCGGCGCUGAAGGAGAAGACCCACAGCCUUACGCAGAGCCUGCAAGAGGCCACCGCCGCCCACAGCGCCACCCAGGGGCGCCUGACGGCACUGCAGAAGACUCUGGGCGCGGCGGAGCAGGACCGCAGGCUGCUGCAGGAGCGCGUGGACGGGGCGAGGGCCUCCCUCUCGGAGGGGAAGCGCAGCAUAGCGGCCCUCACUGAGCGCGUGCAGACGCUGCAGGCUGAACUCGCCCAGAGCGAACUCCGCAAGGGGGAGCUGGAGACCGAGCUGGCCCAUACGCAGGAGGCCCUGCGGCAGCGGGUGGCCAGCCUUGUCGAGGCCCAGCGCGGCGCCCAGGCGGCGCAGUCAGAGCGCGUGGCCAGCGAGGAGCGUCUGCGCGCCCUGCAGCGGGCCGUGGCCCAGCUGGAGGCGGAGAAGAGGGACGCGGAGAGGCAGGCCGUGCGGCUGGAGAAAGACAAGAACGCCCUGAGGAACACGCUGGACAAGGUGGAGCGUCAGAAGCUGAAGACGGAGGAGAGCUCCAUGCGCCUUUCGGCGGAGAAGGGCCGCUUGGAUCGCUCCCUCACCACCACCGAACAGGAGCUGCAAGACGCACAGAGACAGAUCUCCCUGCUGCAGACGCAGCUGGCCGAGAUGGAGCAGUCCCACAGCAUGAGCGAGGGCUCCGCCCGGCAGAGGGAGGAGGCGCAGCGGGAGGCGGAGAGGCUGAGGGCGGCACAGAGGGAGGCGGAGCGCACGCUGGCGGCCAGGGAGAGGGCGCACCGGCACCGCGUCAAGGGCCUGGAGGAGCAGGUGUCCACCCUGAAGGAUCAGCUCCAGCAGGAGAUGAGGCGUCGGCAGCUCCCCAUGCCGCCCUCCCUGCUGCCCAGCGGGAACUGAAAAACGCCCCCUACUGGCCAGUCGGGGGAAAGCAGCCCAGAACACCGGAAAGCUUCCAGUCCUCCGGCAUCAUCUGGGUUAAUGAAGUGCCCUACAUCCAGUCCUAGAGCAGCUAACUGAGAGAUGGAGAGAAAAAAGGUGAUUUGACUUCUGAUCCAAAUGGAGUAAUCACCGCCUCCACGCAAUAACGAAAGCAACAGGCCAUAUUUGUUCCACUCUGUACAGGUGCAUGCUUCAGUGCAGAAUACUAAAGUAGUCUAGAGAAUAAUGAUAGCACACCGCAUGGUCACAUAGAGUUUCACCGUCUGAAUACUCACACCCUCCUGUUCUUUUAUCACAAACACUAUGGAAUUUAGCACACGGUAUGGGACCAUAGGUAGUACAGCACAGUAUUUCUAUGUGUGUAUGUCUGUUUUUUCAGGUCUGUGUUGUCACACUAACAUUUGAUGAUUGAAGAGAUUAGCAAUCAUGUUUUUGUAAAUACAAUCGUAGUCAGUUUUAAUAGAGAGAUUAUUUUUUUAUGUGUGUUUUUAUGUAACGGAUUACAAAAUGGAGGUUUGUGUGUGAGGCUCCGUACACUCUCGCCACUUUCAGGUCUAGUACUGUACUAAGUAGAAGUCUUCGCUACACCCCUGUGUUGGUACACAACUUUAUGUGCCAGUGGACACUGCAUUCCCUACCUGUCCAAAGUAAUCCCAUAUUCACCCCAGGAAACAGUCAUCCCAAGAGUUGACUUUAUUAUGGACAUUGAUACUUGCAGCACUGCUGGAGGUCAAACCCUUCAGGUCAGUUUAGCAUGCAAAUACAUUAUUGCAGUUUACAUUUUAACAAUAAAUAUGGUAGCCACACCUUGUUCUCACUCCAUGCAGUAAUCACCUCGGUGGUCACUGAAGCUAUACUUUACUGAUGUUAUACUUAAGUGAGUGUGCCGUUCAUUGUUCUUUACAUGCUUGCGCCUUCACCUGUGCGCUUCUUCAAACACGUGUUUACUUCCAAUUCAGCGGGGUUAAAAAACUGACCUUUAAUAUUAAAACUUGUGUUUAAAACCAUAUAGUUAAGCAAAAGGGUUUGAAAAACCAUUUUUGAUCUGAAUACACACAGGAGGGUGUACAAUGCCUCAGAGUGAGGUGGGGGGGGGGGUGGAGUUUGGGACCCUGGAUGAUAAUAAUGUAACUUUGGAGCAAGCCUUACAUCAGUAAGUGUGUAUAUGAGUCACUUCCCUCAGAACACGUUGGCGUGCUUGUGUUAGAAUGGCAGUGUGGUAGAAUGGUAGUGUCUGAUGCGGCCUGACCCCUUUUUCUUUGAGGGCCUUGAGCCAAAAUGGCUCCCUCAGUCAGAGCCCAUGUGGCGUUCCACCACCAUUUCCAUCCUGCCGCUCCAUGUCAGUUCAGCCCUCUGGUGUUACUGUUGCCGGCCUGUUCACAAGCACUCUGCAGGAGCUGUGUCGGC